ACCAACGGCAUAUCAUCUCUCUGACUCUCUCGUGGAAGAGACGAGAGGAUGGAAGGGUCAUCGAUACUAUGGCUCCUCUACGUCGCACUCGCCUCUUGCCUCCUCUACAAAGUCUUCGUCUCCACCAAGAACGGCUCCAAGGCCGGCGGCGCCGGUGAUCCGCGGCGGCCGCCGGGCCCGACGCCCCUCUUCCUCCUCGGCAACGUGUUGGACCUCCGGGGCGACCCGCACCUCGCGCUGGCCAGCCUCGCCGGGAAGCACGGGCCCGUCAUGUUCCUGAAGCUCGGCACGACCACCGCCGUCGUCGCGUCCUCCGCCGCGGCCGCCCGCGACGCCCUGCAGAGGUACGACCACAUCCUCGCCGCGAAGUCCGUCUCAGACGCCGGCCGCGCGCUCGGCAACCACGAGCGCUCCAUCAUAUGGCUCCCCGGGAACAGCCCGCUGUGGAAGCGCCUCCGCGCCGUGUGCACCAACCACCUCUUCUCCGCGCGGGGCCUCGAUGCGACGCGGGCCGUGCGGGAGGCGAAGGUGAGGGAGCUGGUCGGGUACCUCGGCGCGCGCGCCCGCGCCGGCGAGACGGUCGACGUCGGCCGCGUCGUGUUCUCCGCGGUCCUCAACCUCGUCUCCAACGUGCUCUUCUCCGAGGACGUCGCCGACCUGAGCUCCGACAAGGCGCAGGAGCUGGAGAUGCUGGUCAGGGACACGGUCGCCGAGGCCACCAAGCCGAACCUGUCCGACCUCUUCCCCGUGCUCGCCGCGCUAGACUUGCAGGGCCGCCGCCGGCGCAGCGCCAUGCAUUUAAGCAAGUUCCAUGGCUUGUUCGACGAGAUCAUCAGCCGCCGUCAGAACGCCGGCGGCGAAAGGAAGGAGGACUUCUUAGAUGUGCUACUUCAUCUUCAUUCAGUGGAUCACCUCAGCCUUGAAACGAUCAAGUCCUUUCUUUUGGAUCUGUUCGCCGCCGGGACAGACACGAACUCGAUCACGGUGGAGUGGGCGAUGGCGGAGCUGCUCCGGCACCCGGCGGUGAUGUCCAAGGCGCGCGCCGAGCUGCGGGACGCGCUGGGCUCGAAGCCGCACCCGGACGAGUCGGACAUCGGCAAGCUGCCGUACCUCAGCGCGGUGAUGAUGGAGACCAUGCGGCUGCACCCGCCGAGCCCGCUGCUGAUGCCGCACGAGGCCAUCGCCGACGGCGCGGCCGUCGGCGGCUACGCGGUGCCGAGGGGCGCCAAGGUGAUCGUCAACGCGUGGUCCAUCAUGCGCGACCCGGCGUCGUGGGCGCGGCCGGAGGAGUUCGAGCCGGAGCGGUUCGCGGCCGCCGCCGGCGCCGGCGCCGGCGGAAUGUUCCGCGGCGGCGAGCUCCUGGAGUUCAUGCCGUUCGGGGCCGGGCGGAGGGCGUGCCCGGGGACGCCGAUGGCCACGCGGGUGGUGACGCUGAUCCUCGCCUCGCUGCUCCACUCGUUCGAGUGGCGGCUCCCCGGCGGGAUGCGGCCGUGCGACGUCGACGUCAGGGGCCGGUUCGGCACGACGCUCAACAUGGUCACGCCGCUCAAGGCCGUGCCCGUGCCCGUGCCGGUGCCGGUGUCUCCGCGCGCGCCGGCGACAUGAGCACGUAGGUGGGUCGGGUGGACAGCCAUGCAUGGGAGUGAUGCCUUUGUCGGUCAAGAGACAUAUCGAGCUAACUAGGGAUCGAUGGUUUAGUGAUUAUUAAGGAAUUAGUGUGUGAGUAAACAAUAUGCUUGGUGAUGAUGGAGACACCAUGGGCAACCAGUGAGAAAAGCUCGAAUUAAUGGAGUCUAUGAUCCGUCACGUUGAUCGAGUGUAACGGUCAUGGGAGGCAAACUUGUCGGGCCACUUGAAGCCUUGAAGGGUGCUUGCAUUAUUAGGCAUUAGGUAUCAGGCUAUACAUAUAUGUACGUAUGUCGUGUAUACGGUUAAAUAAAGAAUCUUUAGCCCAAAAGGUCAAGCCGAUUGAAAAAGGAUAAGGUUUGUUUUGACUCCCUCUAUUGUUUCUCGAUUCCGAUU